AUGGGUGAUCAACAAUCAUCAACUUUAAAUCAAAAGUUUGAUGACAUUGAGAUGUUGGAAAUUCCAGACGACUCAGUAUCCUCGGAAACAGAGUCGCUUAGCGAGAGCUCAACAUCAGCAUCAACAAGAGAUAAACCUUCAAAACAAGACUACAUAAGAUUGCAAGAUUGGUUAGAUUCAGAUGACAUUAUUGAAUUUCAAUUUGAUUCGGGGCAAUACAAAGAUAGUUUAAUCCAAAAUGAUGUUUCAAAGUCAUAUAAAAGAUAUAUAGACUCAUUGUUCAAGAUAAUUGAAGGAUUUGCAAGUGAUGAUAUUACCCGAAUUGAUUUGGAAGAUGACGAAAAUCCUAUUGGAUUGAUUAGUACUUCUGCAAAGUUUGGAAACACUGCCCGUAAAACACAAAGAAUGCAUAAAAUCAAUGAAGCAUUUACCAAAGUUGUUGAAAACCUAACCCAAUACAUACAUGAUAUAGAGAGCAUUGGAGUUGAAGACGAAAUUACUGAACAAUUUUAUUAUUUAUUAAGUAUUUUAGACUGUCUUCAUGCUAAUUAUUUUUGUUCUGAUACUCGAAUGAAACCAGAAGCCAUGGCUAAGUGGAUUAAUAGAUUUGAUUAUAAACCUGAUAAAGAAUUAGUAGAGUCUGUUAUGGUAAACUGGCCUAAGCCUUAUACUCAUCCACAAUUUUGGAACACUUACUUGUCACAAUUAAUCACUAGAGGCUUACUCACCCAAGCAAUUGCAGCAAUUGAAAAAUCGCAAUACGAAGAGCUCGAGGAAAACAGUCCAGUAUUAUUUUCAGUUAUCCAAGACUUUUCAAUUUUAUUAAAGAAUUAUACUGGUAUGUCCAUGAAACACCAAUUUCCUGAAUGGAAAUUAUCUUGUUGUGAAUUUAGGGAUUUGUUUCUGAAAUUUAAAGCUAAGGUAUCUGAUCCAAAAGAGUUAAUCAUCCUUAAUCAAAUUUAUGACUUAUUAUGUAUACUUACUGGCUUACCUAAAACGAUAGCUAUACACUGCGAUAAAUGGUAUGAAAUAUAUACUGCAUUGUCCUUAUAUCAAGUUAGAGACGACGAUAAAUUAUUCAAAGAAUAUUUCAAUGUUGCAAUUAGUGAAAAACCUCCUGCUUUAAUUGAAGAUAGUGAUGAUUUAAGUAUAAUAAGUGAGCAAUGUUUUGUUCAUAUUUUAGAAGAAAAAUUUCUAAAAAUGUUGGUGUCUGUUGACUCUAUUGAUUCCGCUACUGCGGCAUACGUAGCAAGACUACUUGAGCUUAAAGGUUUAUUAAACAAUUAUUAUUCAGCAACGACUUCUAAAGACUUACAAGAGUUAAUUAACAGAAAAACUAUUUCUGAAUAUUUAUUAACCACACAUGCAUAUCAAUGUUUAAAUUCACAUUAUCUAGUGCCCGUUGGUAUUGGAUUGCUAUCAAAUACCGAUAUUUCCUCUUCCUCGCAAUCGUUUGUUAAUAAUCGUAAUACGAUUGCUGAAUUCUUACCACAUUAUGAAUGCAGAACUAAUGAUGACUUAGAAUGGGCUUUGACUAUAUGUGCCAAAUUAAAUUUAAUUCAAACUGCUCGAAAAUUAUACCAGAUAUAUGGAAAAAAAUCUUUGAAGGAUGGCUACCUUUAUGAGUCUCUAAAUAUGUUUGUCAACUGCUAUGAUCCAGAUUCAAUCACGAAUGAGUCAAAUGAGGGUAUGAGGCAGGUUCAUCAUAUAGUCUGGGAUAUCAUCUUUCAAGACAGCUUAGUGAACAAUAGGCCAAUUAAGGAUGAACUUAUAAAUAAUAUUAUAUCCCAUAAAGUUGAUUCCAGCUUUGAAAUACAUCCUGUCAUAAGACAAUGCCUUUCACCAUAUGCUGUUUUAAUAGAAUUUUUCAAAUCAUUGGAGCAAUCACGCAGUACUAGAGCUAUGGAUAAUUUAUCCAAAUUAGUACACUUAAUAAGGUUUAACCACUUACCUAAAAAAUAUUACCCAUUAUUACUAUGUCAGAUUAUCCCUUUUUUGAUAGACUCGGAUAUGAAGUUCCAAUUACCAGAUUUGAUUGUGAUCAUCGAAUUAAUUGAUACAUUUGAAUUUCAAGCUAAUGAUACUGAGUAUAGGGAGGGCGAAAACUUAUAUAAAUUUUCGAUCAGCAAUAUUGAAAGUAAAACCGAGAAUUACGAUUGGAGAAAAAUUUUGCAACAAAGUGGUACUGCCUUGCCGAAAGAUCUCAAGUCGUUAAUAAAGUUAUUAAGAAAUGAAGUGGUGGCUAAAAUUGGCAAAGUAUACGUAGAUCACAUGUAA